CGAGCAGAGCUCACUUCUAGCGCGGUGCGUGGGACAGUGUGGUGUGUGCUCUACCGCUCUCUACAGCCAGGACUUUACCUACUACAUACAACUCACUACAGCGCUACGGGAGUUACAUACACGUACGUACGGGGUCCGUCUGUCUGCAAAGCACCGGCCCGCCUGGACUGUCUCCGCGGCUCGCCUCGCGCACAGGCCCGUGCACGCCCGGACUUACCUACGGUACGAGCUCGUACUGCAACCACCGGAGCGCCGGGAGUGAGCCGGCGGCGUGUACAAGCACACAGGCCCGACGGGGACUCGCGCACACCACGGUACGGCCAGACCAACGCUGCCAGAAGUGCUUCCCGACCGUAGACCGACCCCAGCCCGACCCGCACGGGACUUCCCGCCGACCGCCAGCACCUCAGCCCACCAGACCGCAAAACUUUUUCUUCCCCGGGACCGACAACCCGUAGGCUGCCACCAUUGCGCAAUAACUCCCCAGCUGCCAGCUGCAAGAUGGCCGACCUGGUGGGCCCGAACCCAGACCUGCCGACCAGCCCGCUCGCCAUGCAGUACGUGAACGACUUUGACCUGAUGCACUUGGACGUGAAGCGCGAACUUGAGGAGGCAAGCCAGGCCAGCUGCAUGGUGUCGGCUGCCGGGGUGGCGGCGAGCCUGUCCGGCGGCAGCUCGGUCUGCACCACGCCGCUGUCCUCGCCCUGCAGCUCCGUGCCGUCGUCCCCGGGGUUCGAGAUCCCCAGCCCCGUGGACCAGAAGCCCAACAUAGAGGACCUGUACUGGAUGACGAGCUACCAGCAGCUGAACCCCGACGCGCUGAAGCUCACUCCCGAGGACGCUGUGGAGGCGCUGAUCUCGUCUGCGGCGGGGUACGACUCCGGGUCGGCGGGGCCAGGCUGCGGGCAGCCCGGUCCUCACGCCCUCCCGGCGCCGCACGGACACCACCACGGCCCGCCCGGGCACGGCCACCCCGACGCCGCCGCCGACCACAAGCCGCACCACCACCAUCACCACCACCCCGGCGCCGGACAGCCUCGCCCCAGGCUGGAGGAGAAGUUUUCCGACGACGAGCUCGUGUCCCUGUCCGUGCGGGAGCUCAACAGGCAGCUGCGAGGCUACAGCAAGGAGGAAGUGAUUCGGCUGAAACAGAAGCGCAGAACGCUGAAAAACCGUGGGUACGCGCAGAGCUGCCGGUCCAAGCGGGUCCAACAGAGGCACCUGCUGGAGAUAGAGAAGCAGCACCUUCAGCGCGAGCUGGACGACCUGCAGAAGAAACUGCGGGACACGGAGAAGGAGCGGGACGACUACAAGGCCAAGUUCGAGCGGCUCAAGUCCCCUCCCCCUCCAACCCCAGCAGUCCCGAGUACUACAUGUGAGCCGCGCCGCGCCGCCGGAGGGGUUCGGAACACACCCGCACGGCAACGCACGCACUAACUAACCAACCAACCAACCAACGGACAGACGGCCGGAGCGACACACACGCACGAACGGACGAACUGACAGGUGAGCUGUCAUGCCCCUACAUGCCCCGCAAACUGCGCCCCCGUGCGGCCUGCCCAGAACUACAGGACACUUGUACUUUGGACUCUAGUUUAUCACAUAGUAACCUAACGCUGUACAUACACAAACGGUGGGGACUAAACUCACUUCAGAACUUCCCCUUUUUGCUGGGAGUUAGACUCUUGGGGGCCGACUGUAGACUAAAGAGUUAGCUUUUUAAUGUAGUAAAGAGAGAGAGAGAGAGUUUUUAUUCAGACCAAGUCAGGAUGAUUUAGUGGCCCAAGCUGGCAUGCCCACCACUAUGCUUGUGUAUACUGUACAUAGCGGUCCCAUAUGGAAACGGGUACAGCAGGCGACCCCAAGGUUUCCAGGGCUAUUCAUGUAUAUCUGUUUACAUCCGAGAACUUCUAAAAGAAGCUAUGAGCUAUGUCCAGCGCAUGUCUGGAUAUGUAAGUACAGAGAUAUAGUGUGUAUAUAGGAAUAUCGUGGCUUUUAAACCAGCCGGCCAGAUAUGAACAUGACAAAAGCGGGCUUGUCGUGACAGGACUCCAGUUUUAGCGUUGGUGAUAAAAAAAAUAGUCGACCGCUCCUAACGUCGCGAUUUGUGACGGGAGCUGAACUUUCUUCCCGGAGUAACAAGGAAAGGCAACAUCCACGAUUCUUUGGAGGAAGAAUUCAUAUAGUCUGCCGUGAAGGCGCAUCAGCACGAAAAAAAAAGGAAAACAACAAAAAAAUCGAAAAAGGACAAGAAAAAGACCCAAAAAAAUGCCACCAGGUGAGAAACGAAGGCACUAUUCAGUGUGAGGAGAGGGUCGAACACCUGGAACGGACGUCAAGACUCUCCCAACCAACAAACCGAAGAAGGUUCUUGUUGCAACUUCUGUACGUACGAACAGACUGGUUUUACCGACAGAGAUUGAUCGCACGCGAUCGUGAACUCGUGCCUCGACACAACAUAUUACCAUCGAAAAACGUUUUUAGCUCUCGACACACAACCUUCUGUCUCCACGAUUCCAUUGCCAAAUGUCUGUGGUCCUCGAACGUUUCCCAGUUUUGGAUGGGACAUUUUGAAAGAGAAGAGAAAAACUAUAAUGAAAAUAGAGUUCUAUUAAUUUGUGAAAUGUUUUAUGUUGUCCCCUUCUGUUGAUCACAUGUGACAGAGUUUCCAGUAAUUGUAGCCGAAGCGUUCGGAGCUACUAUUAAAAGCAUGGAAAGACCUUUUAUUUUUAA